CUAAUUUUCCCUCUCCUCAAAUUUAUUAUAAUAAUUAUUUUUUUCUCCCAUGGAUGAACGUAAUGAAAUAUCUCUGUGUUUCUUUGAAAAACCAGAGUUUCUUCCAUUUGGCGGCAGAAGAGACUUGCAUGUGUCAAUGGCUCAGUUACUCUCUCCUGUCUGCACAGAUGUUCUUAAAUUCUCGACACCGUGGCGCGUGCAAGUUAAGGCUACUGCUCUUCCUUGGAGCUUAACGGCCCAAAAUGGCAAGAGAAGAGGCUGUGCGAGGUUCAAAGCUGCAACAAGAGAUUCUGCUUCCGUCGAGAACGUUGCCGAUGACUACUAUGCCGUUUUGGGCCUGCUGCCAGAUGCAACACCAGCGCAGAUCAAGAAAGCCUAUUAUAAUUGCAUGAAAGCUUGUCACCCGGACUUAAGUGGAGAUGAUCCUGAGACCACAAAUUUCUGCAUGUUCAUUAAUGAUGUCUACGAGGUGCUCAGUGACCCCGUGCAGCGUAUGGUCUAUGAUGAAAUACACGGAUAUGCAUUAACUGCUAUCAACCCUUUCCUGGAUGAUUCCUGCCCGAAGGAUCAUGCAUUCGUCGAUGAGUUUAGCUGCAUAGGCUGCAAAAAUUGUGCUAAUGUGGCCUCGGAUGUCUUUGGAAUAGAGGAAGACUUUGGGAGAGCUAGAGUAUAUAACCAGUGUGGGAACCGUGAAUUGGUGCAACAAGCAAUUGACAGUUGUUUUGACAACUUAGAUCAACUAGGAUUUCUAAAUGAUGAUCAGGUUGCAUUGAUGCUUUCUGGGAUGGGAUCUGGAUCAAUUGAUGUCUUCAGGAUGGCAAAUUCCCGGUGGGAAAAGAGGCAAGCAAAGGUCUUGGUAGGAACUCUUAUUCUCAUUCAUCUGUAUAUGGUUUCAAAAGAGGAAAUAAAUCAAAGAGCAAGGAGAGCUGCUGCAGCUGCUCGACGAUGGAGGGAAUACUCUAGAAAAGGUGUUGAUAAGCCUCCGACAUAUAAACUUCCAGAAACAAUCGCCAACGAGGAAAAGUGAGUCAAAUACACUUUAGCAUUGUGGUCAUGUAAAUGUUAUUUAAUUUAUCCAUUUAGAAUUCCAUUGAAUAUCCUCAUUGUUCUUUUUCAUCACCUAAUCAUGUACGACUUAUAUUUCAUCCUUGAACUCUGUAUAUAUGACGAAAGUAAUUAUACGAAAUAUAGAUAUAAUUUUUUACAAGAAA